CUGAACAAUAAAAACCCACCUGUACUAGACAGAAAGAGUUCUGUGAGCCUGCUGAAGAAUUAAAACUACAUGGAUGGAGGAUUUUCUUCCUUAUUGUUUUGGGCAGUGGUGCAGCACUGAGAAGCAGUUCAAAAAAGGGGGUAAAGCAGCUGGAAAAGGGAUGAGUAAGAGCUACUACUCAUGACAGCUACAAAAAAAAGGAUGGGGUGUAAUCAGGAGCAUUGUCUCCUGCCCUUUAACCCCAUCAGUGUUCUGGGGAUUGAUGAUUUGUGCCUUCUCAUUCAAUAAACAGAAUUUUUAAAUCAUUUAUGAGUUCUGCUCCAAAAGUAAUGCCUCCUAUUUUUAUGUUAUUGACCCACGAGGUCAGACGUGGAUGUUGGUGGUAUGGCAGUAGAGGUUGAACCUUCCCAGCAAUAUUCUGCUCCAUGUUGUUGCCACGCAACAGAUGGCAGCAGAGGGGCAGUCUGACAGAUCGGUGCCUGACACAGAAGGGCGGAUGGAGCAAAAGUGUGCCAUUUUUUCCUCCAUGCAGAAAAAAUGGCACCCAUCGACACUGGCAUUCAUCGACCUUUGCUGAAUAGAGACCAACCAGUGGAUGCAAGCACUGCAAGGAUCUACACCAGCUCUAUGACUGUUGACCCACGCUUAACUGCCUCAAGUGAUCCUGGCAGGAUGACAUCUUCCAGACUCCCUAUCCUUCUAGCACUGGUCUUUUCUUCUUUGUUCCCUGUUUUUUCCCAUUCAAACAGGGAGAUGUGGUUUCAGGAUCUCUUUCCACCCAACACGUGCCCUAUAAAUGCCAAGACUUUUUAUGGCAUAAUGUUUGAUGCAGGAAGCACUGGAACCCGGAUCCACAUUUAUACCUUUGUGCAGAAGAGCCCAGAAAUUCUUCCAGAGUUGGAAGGGGAAAUAUUUGAGUCUGUGAAGCCAGGUCUUUCUGCCUAUGCUGAUCAGCCUGAAAAGGGUGCUGAAUCCGUCAAAAGAUUGCUGGACAUGGCCAUAGAUGCUGUGCCACCUCAUCUCUGGAAGAAGACUCCAGUAGUGUUAAAAGCCACAGCUGGACUGCGCUUACUGUCAGAGGAGAAAGCUCAAGCUCUACUUUCUGAGGUGAAAGAAGUCUUUGAGGAGUCACCAUUCCUUGUUCCAGAAGAUAGUGUUAGCAUCAUGGAUGGGUCUUAUGAAGGAAUUUUAGCCUGGAUCACUGUGAACUUUUUGACAGGGCAGCUGGCUGGCCAUAACCAGCACACUACUGGGACCCUGGACUUGGGAGGAGCCUCAACCCAGAUCACGUUUCUGCCACGGUUUGAGGAAACCUUGAAGGAAAGCCCUAGGGAUUUUCUUACCUCAUUUGAAAUGUUUAACAGCACCUACAAGCUCUAUACUCACAGCUAUUUGGGUUUUGGAUUAAAAGCUGCCAGACUAGCGACUCUUGGAGCCUUGAAUACAGAAGUUGCAGAUGGACAAAUGUUCCGCAGUUCUUGUUUGCCAAAGCAACUGGAAGCAGAGUGGCACUUUGGGGGAGUGAAGUACCGGUAUGGGGGCAACAAAGAAGGAGAGACAGGAUUCAAGCCUUGCUACCUGGAAGUACUGAAAGUUGUCAAAGGAAAACUGCACCAACCAGAUGAGAUUCGUGGAAGUUCCUUCUAUGCUUUCUCCUAUUACUAUGAUCGAGCAGCUGACACCAACCUAAUAGAUUAUGAACAGGGAGGAGUUCUGGAAGUGAGAGAUUUUGAAAGAAAAGCCAAAGAAGUCUGUGAUAACAUGGAGAGGUUCAGCUCAGCCAGUCCUUUCCUCUGCAUGGAUCUCACUUACAUCACUGCUUUAUUAAAGGAAGGUUUUGGAUUUAGAGACAACACACUCUUACAGUUAACAAAAAAAGUGAACAACAUAGAGACAAGCUGGACUUUGGGUGCUACCUUUCACUUAUUGCAGUCUCUGGGGAUAACAUAUUGAACUGUGACAUUCCUAUGGAUUUCAGCACUUCUGAAAGUUUGAGAAAACAAACUGAAAUCACCAGGUACAUUAUCCAGCUGGAGUCAGUCACAGAGUGGAAAAUGGACCAAAGCUAUAAAACAGACCCUACCUGGGAUUGGCACUGCACAUAAUGAAAGUUGCCACAAUAUAAUUGUGAUUGUCAUAAAUAAUCCAAAAGCUGCCUUCUGAAAGUCAAAAGGCCUAAACUCCUGCAGAGUAUCUGCAAGAGACUCAAAGCCAGCUUUCACCAGCACAUUUGUAUAGCAUCCCAUUGCUAAAAACACAGCAUACUUGGGACACUGUGGUAAAUUACAGAUGGUAUUUCUCCUCCCCCAUUUACUUUAAGCAUACAGUACUGAAGUUUGCUUGCAAGACAUUAAAUACAGAAAUUAUA